AUGGCACCAAGAACAAGAAGUAGCGCGAAGAAUCUUUUAGAAGCGACAAGCUGCUCCAACUCAGAAAAAGACAUCAAAAACAAGACUGGAAGAAAUUCGAUUGUGGAUCAUGACAGCUCAAAAAACUGCAGAUCAAAACGUCUUCGCACCCAACUUCAUGAAACAGUUGAAGGAGAUAUACAACCUGUUGAUGGCACCAGUCUUAAUAAAAAACUAGUUGACUCGCAGACAACAGACGAUGAAAUUGUGUUGAGUGAUUCGGAUGACAUCAGCAGUAGCAGCGCUGAAGACAGUGAUGACGACUACGAAAAAGAGAUCAGCAAAAAAUGUUCAACGAAAAGUGAAGAUUCUGACUGUUCGACAGACCGUGAGCAAGAUGAUGAACGUAGAGUCAAACGGAUUCAGCAGAAAAUCGAUAGAGAAGAGAAGAAAAAACGUCUCGUGAAAUAUGAGAAAAAGCACUUAGAUGGUGUUAUCUCAGAUGAUGACGAGAUUGAAUGUGCGUUUGAAUCUUCUAAUAUUCCUAAGCAACGAAAGAGACGGCUCUACCGGAGAAGAAUGCUGAGAGAAACAGGAGUUACCAAAAGACGUCGAAUAAAGCGACUCGACAUGGACAUCACUAACGAUUACACUUGCGAUACUUUUGUGGAGUUUGGUCUAACUUUAGAAGAACUUACAACUGAUAUCGACUGCAACGAUCUUCAGAUUAAUCAUAAAGCAGCGAGAAAGAUGUUCAAAGAAGAGGGUUCUGAUGAUGAUGGCUUCUCAGAUAAUGAUAAUUCGGAAGAAGAUGACGCUGAUAUGGUUUCUGGCAAUUUAUUGGCAUUUCAAAAGCGGAACUGUAAAGAAAGAGUUUCUCAAAUCAUCCAACUGAGUGUUGCUCCAUUUUCGGAAAAACUAGCAUGCUACAAUUCACUAAAGGCGGUGCACGGUUCCAGUCGAUCUUCUAUCCAAAAUUACCAUCCCAGUUUUCUCAUAAAGCAAGACAUAAAGCUUCCUGAAGAGCUUUUAUGGGAACAGCCUCUCACGCAUCUCUUAUAUCUCCCAACUAAGUUCGAUACACACAAAAAAUGCAACGAUUUUCUGGAUAAGGCAUACGAAACAAAGAAGAAAGAAACGGAAUCGAAACUACUAGAAGGUAUUAGAAGCAUAAUCAACAAGAAGGCCGCUGAAAACCAACUCAAGCUUGAAUAUAAUCCUAUUAGGAUUGAGGAAGCUAAUGAGAUACAAAUACUGAAUCAGGACCCGAAUAACUUCUACGCUACUGAUAAGCCGUGCUUUGAAGACCAAGGAUAUAUACUGGAAGACGAUUAUCCUGAUUGCUCUAUGGACGGUUUUUGA